UAUACGGUAGGGAGAAUAAAUCCGCAUUGUGCGUCCCGCUCACGUAAGUAGCAGUUGGGGUGCAACUCUUUUGGUCGUGUCUAACAAGACUCAUCCAACACUAUCAACUGCAAUCCAUUUUCAUCUUUAAAAUGCCACCAAAAUUUGAUCCAACCGAAACUAAAAUCGUUUAUUUGAGAGUAGUGGGUGGAGAAGUUGGUGCCACGUCAUCUCUUGCACCCAAAGUCGGUCCUUUAGGAUUGUCACCAAAAAAAGUUGGAGAUGACAUUGCCAAGGCCACUGCAGAUUGGAAAGGUUUGAAAAUCACAGUCAAGUUGAUUAUUCAAAACAGACAAGCUCAGAUUGAAGUUGUUCCUAGUGCUGCUUCACUCAUCAUCAGAGCUUUGAAGGAACCUCCCAGAGACAGAAAGAAAGUUAAACAUGUAAAACACAAUGGAAAUCUUGCUUUUGAUGACAUCGUUACCAUUGCUCGUACUAUGAGACCACGUUCCAUGGCCAAAGAUCUGGCCGGCACGGUGAAGGAAAUCUUGGGUACCUGCCAGUCUGUGGGAUGCACGAUAGAUGGUAGCCAUCCUCACGAUCUUAUUGAGAAAAUCAAAGCCAAGGAGCUUGAAGUUCCAGAAGAAUAAAGUUGAAAUAAAGUAAACUGACAUUUUGAA